AUGGACAAUCCCUUAUUUCAGUCUCUGCUACAGCUGCUGAGGUCAAAAAUGUUCGAUGAAUUUUCUACGACGCUGGAACACCUCUUCAGCCAGUACAACAUCCCCGGAGACAAUGAGAUGAAACUAAAAUUAUUUGCAUCUCUGAGAUGCCUCAGGCAAGACUUGGCGCAAAUGUUCCAAAUGUCAAGAUCAACGAAGCAGACUGACCUCCGGGUGGAUGUUAUAAAUAACAGCAGGAUGGGAUUUCUAACAACUGGCGAAGAAGAUUGUCCUUGGACUCUCCAGUUCUAUACGAGCUCAGCUGAUAUAAAGAAACCAUCAAAUUCACAGAUGGAGGAUGUCCAGGCAGGCCAGGUGGCUGUGGGUCUCCGGGACCAGCUUCACAAGCUUCAAAUGACUUCUGUGAUCCCACAGCCUCCACAGCUGGAUCCCACAGGUUGGCCCAUGUUGCUUCCUGUGGAUGAGGUGCCGUUUGAGAAGUUACCUGCCUGUUUCCUGCUCAGAUUGCAGCCGGUGAUGCCAAUGACGGCGUCUUUUCUCAACAAGCUCAACCAAAUUACAGAUGUUUCCAGAUCAGAUGUUGACCUGCAGUGGGCGCCCUUACCCAAGCUUCUGAUGAAAAGCAGACAUGGCCACAGUGAGGCGUUUGAUCUGCAGGAUGCUGUUUCUUUUGUGCCUCUUCCUGGUGAGUUGCUGCACAGGUAUGUAUUUCCUGGAGCUUCAUGGAUGGUUCCUGUGUACAGAGGGACUCUGGUGGACACAGUCUUCUUCACCCACCCUGCCCAUGUCCCCGUCAUACUGGAGCUGCUUCGCCAUCAGAGCACCAUCAAUACUCUGUUAAAGACCUGUAUGACAGCCCACUCCGACAUGCUGGGUAACCUGCAGUCGUACAAAUUUUUUUUUUUUUUAUUCUGCUCAGUUUGCGACCUGCAGUUUGAAGUCCUUCCAGAGUCUGACACCAGUUUUUCCGUGACCUUCCAGCGACCUGAAACAGACUCCUUCAUUGUUUUGUUGGUGGAUGUGGUGGACUCUCACAGAUUUACCUGCACCGUGUUUGGAGCAGGAAUGAAGGAUACGACUAUGGAUGAGGAAAUCGGCUGCAUUUUAAAGAAGUCCAUGUCCAUUCCUUUGACCCUGAGGGUGCUGUGCAUUCAGUUGGAGCAGAUGAGCUCUGACCCACUUUGUCCUGACAGGUCAACCACCACCGAGGCGGUAAAUGACCUUCCGACCUCACGAAGCAUCUCAGUCACCGAGACAAACCGCGCUCUCACAACUGAAGAAACCGCGUUCUGUCAGAGUGGCUCUGAUCCAGAGUGCAGCUUCACAGGUUCUGGUUCAGGGUCAGACACCCAAUCAGAACUUCUUCCUGAUAUCAACACAAAUCCCCCUGUUAAUAUGUAA